UUUAGCCCAGCCAACGUUCUUUGGCGGUUUUUCAGCCUUGGAUGAAUUUUAACUCGUUCUAUUGCAUAGCCUACUUGUGUUGCGCAGCCAGGAGGAACCCGGCGCCGGCGGACGUGUUGCUCUCUUGUGCCCAGGGAGAGUCCUGUUGGCCCUGAAGAGAACACCCCUGACCCAGACGUGAAUCCAGUAGACCAGCCUGAACAUGACUAACCAUAGAGAUGACUGCUAUUUCUUCUACUACUCCAACUGUGCUAAAGGUGACCGCUGCCCCUUCAGACACUGUGAUGCCGCCAAGGGCAGUGAGGUUGUCUGCAGCCUGUGGCAGGAGAGCCGCUGCUUCCGACAGGUCUGCAAGUUCCGCCACAUGGAAAUUAAGAAAAACAGGAAGGAGAUGGCAUGUUACUGGGAGAACCAGCCUGCUGGCUGCCAGAAGCCUCACUGUGCGUUCCACCAUGAGAAACCACGCUUCAUAGAUGGCAAAUACGUACCGCCCAACAAAAGUUUUGCCCUGAAAGAGGAAGAGGAGCCUCAUGAGGAUCCUUUGCCUCCUGUCCCUGCCUCCAUCCCAGCCAACCCCCAGCUCCGUGGGGUCAUUAAGGCGGAGACACAGGAGAACGUUCCCAGCCCUACCCACCCGCCUGUGGUCAUCAAUCCGGCAGAUGAUGAUGAGGAUGAAGAUGAUCAGUUCUCAGAGGGGGAGGACUGCAGGUACGGCUCAGACAGAUCCAGAGUGGUCUCUCCCAGGAAGAUGGCUGUGGCCUCCAGCUCAGAUGACUCGCUGAACUUUGGUGUCAGAACCUUGGAGGAGAUCAGACUGAGGAAAGCCCUGAAAGCCAGUAUGAGGAUAGCUGGUUAUCCAGUUCCUGGCCAGGGCUCAGACCAGAGAAACAACGGAGUGAGCAGCGAGAAGGAGAACAUGAAAUCCUUUAUCCGACCAUCUCCCUUCACAGCUAAGGAUGACACUGUGGUGUUUGGUGAAGAGACUGGGAGACGCAACGUCGUGGAGAGAAUAGUCAAAGAAGUUCCUGCUGGUGGUGACCUGCCAAUGAAACGCCGUCUGGCCGAGCGCCUCGGGAGGAACAUGGAGGAGGAUGAAAUGGACCUGCCCCCUCGGAAAGCUCUGAAACCUGUCAGGGACAGACUGGGAUUACCUGUUGAACCCACUGCUGCAUCUGAAUCAGCUGAGAGCAACAGCAAGACUAGAGCGUCUGAAGUAAUCCGCAUCAAAACCCUGGAGGAGAUCAGGCAGGAGAAGUUGGCCAAGACCCAGGCUCAGGGUCAGGGGGACGACCAUCGCCCUUCAGUCCCUGAUUCCACCGCUACCAAGGCCCCAAAGAGAAGCGCCGCUGUCAAAUCUGCAGCUGGCCUUCACGUGAAGACCACCUUUGAGAUCCUCCACGCCAAGAGGAAGCUGGAGGAGGACCAGGGGCCCAGCCUCAGGAAGGCCAAGCAGCCGGCUGUGGAAGCAGCUCCAGGGAACUCCCAGGGACCCCCAGAGCCAGUCAUGCUCAUGCGGGUGGCCCCUCCUGGGGGAAGAGUUAAGGUGAAGACCCUGGAGGAAAUCCGCAGGGAGAAGGCAGCCAGGAUGCAGGCCCUGGGACAGGAGGCAUUUAACAUGAAGAUCCCAGGCUCCGACCCGGCCUCCGGAGAGGGAGGUGCCAAGAAGUCCUGCAUACUGCGCAUCAACAAACCAGCUUCUGCUGCCAGCACUACCACCCAGAAGACAUCCGAGGUGACCGAGAAGAAGCCAGCUGAGCCUGCUGCUGUUGCUACUGAGGCCACCCCUGCUAAUGGUAGCAGCGUGAAUGUGAAGACCUUCGAGGAGAUCAUGCAUGAGAAGAGGCUCCGCAAGCAACAGCUGCAGAAGGAGCAGGCCUCGUCCACCAGCCACUCAGAGGGCUCCGUCAAGGCUGAAUCUACCCAUAAACAGGCCGCAGGCCCCGCCCCCCAGAGGGAGAACAGGGCGAGGGUGAGCCCCUCUGCCGCCCCCUCACCCCCCACCAUCACCCUGGAGGCACCUGCCCAGGCGCCCAAGGCCCUCCUUCGCCAGCGCAUCACGCUCAAACCCAAGGCAGCCUCCCCCCAGCAGGGGUCUCCACUGAUGCAGGCCGAGCCAGACUCCCCCUCCCUCAGCCCCAGGAGCUCCAGCGCUGCCCCAGGCAAAAGGGAGAGAGGCUCCCCAGGAGGUUCCAGUCCCCCCAAGCAGGCUGCCUUAGCAGCAGCUGCCUCCCCUAGGCCCUCCGGGGAAGAGGCUCCAGUUGAGAAGGCUCAGGAUGGAGCUCAGAAGAAAUCCCCUGGGCAAGCUACUGAAGCUAAAGUGAGGCCCAAGCUGAACGUGAGGCCUUCUGUGAUAAAGCCAGGCCAGAAAAGGAGAGAAGCAGAAAGAUCUGCUGUUGCUGCAGUCAAACCCCUCAACUGCACCUCCACAGCACAGGAAGAGCCACAGCAGGAGCUGCCCUGCAAAUGGAGAGAGGUGUCCUCUCCCUCCUCCAGAAUGCAGGCCCAAAUAAGCCUGAUGGUUCCCAGGAGUCCCCCCACCACCCUGGGCCUGGGCUGCAGCUCCAGUCCCCUGAGAGAGGAGUUCCAGGCGGUCCCUGUCAAACAGCACAGCCCAGCCAUCACCACAGCAGCCCCAGACACCUGCAUAGUCCCACAGAGUCCUUUGGUGAAGACGCCCACCCAGCCCAAGGCUCGGCGGCCCACCGCUAGCACCUCCGCCAUGGACGAAUUUGACGAACUGAUGAAUGAGUUUACAGAUGACCGUCUGGAAGAUGACUUGGAGCUGGACCCCGGCAAGGGAGAGGAUGACUACCUGCUGGAGCUGUCUGAGAUGAUUGACAGCUAACCCAAUCAUGACCCCUGGCCGACCCUUGACCUUGAGUAAUGCAAAUGUUAAUGUAACCUGAUACCCCUGACCGAACUAGAGUAAGUCCUACAUUCAUCACCACCAA